AUGGCCGAGGGUGGCGGGGGCGCGCGGAGGAGGGCGCCGGCGCUGCUCGAGGCGGCCCGCGCGCGCUACGAGAGCCUGCACAUCUCGGACGACGUGUUCGGCGAGUCGGGCCCGGACAGCAGCGGGAACCCCUUCUACAGCACGUCGGCCGCCUCGCGCUCCUCCUCGGCCGGCUCCUCGGACGACGAAGCCGAGCGCCCCGGCCCCGCGCGGGGCCCCAGCGCCCCCGCCGCCGCCGCCGCGCAGGAGUCGGAGGAGGAAGAGGCUGGCGCGGGAUGGAGCGCCACGCUGCGGGACCGCCCGGCCCCGCGCUUCGAGGGCACCGGCGGUCCCAUCCGGAAGAUGCCGCCCAGCGCCAGUGCCGUGGACUUCUUCCAGCUCUUCGUCCCUGACAACGUCCUCAAGAGCAUGGUGGUGCAGACCAACCUGUACGCCAAGAAGUUCCAGGAGCGGUUCGGGAGUGACGGGGCCUGGGUGGACGUGACGCUGCCGGAGAUGAAGGCGUUCCUGGGCUACGUGAUCUCCACCAGCACCUCCCACUGUGAGUCCGUCCUCAGCAUCUGGAGCGGCGGCUUCUACAGCAACCGCAGCCUUGCCCUGGUCAUGAGCCAGGCCCGCUUCGAGAAGAUCCUCAAGUACUUCCACGUCGUGGCCUUCCGCUCCAGCCAGACCACACACGGCCUCUACAAGGUCCAGCCCUUCCUGGACUCCUUGCAGAAUGGCUUCGACGCCGCCUUCAGGCCUUCCCAAACCCAGGUGCUCCACGAGCCCCUGAUUGAUGAGGACCCUGUGUUCAUUGCCACGUGCACGGAGCGGGAGCUGCGGAAGAGGAAGAAGCGGAAAUUCAGCCUCUGGGUCCGGCAGUGCUCUUCCACCGGCUUCAUCACCCAGAUUUAUGUCCACCUGAAGGAAGGCGGGGGCCCCGAUGGGCUGGACACGCUGAAGAACAAGCCGCAGCUGCACAGCAUGGUGGCCAGGAGCCUGUGCCGGUCCGCAGCCGGGAAGAACUACAUCAUCUUCACGGGACCCAGCAUCACCAGCCUGACCCUGUUUGAGGAGUUUGAAAAGCAAGGGAUCUACUGCUGCGGGCUGCUCAGCCCCAGGAAGAGUGACUGCACCGGCCUACCACCCUCCAUGCUGAGCAGCCCGGCCUUGCCGCCCGCCCGGGGUCAGCACAGCAUCCGGAUGAAGGGGAGCAUGUCCCUGAUCUGCUGGUACAACAAGGGGCACUUCCGCUUCCUGACCAACGCCUACUCGCCCGUGCAGCAAGGAGCGAUCAUCAAGAGGAGGAGUGGGGAGAUCCCCUGCCCCCUGGCCGUGGAGGCCUUCGCCGCCCACCUCAGCUACAUCUGCAAGUACGAUGACAAGUACAGCAAGUAUUUCAUUUCUCAUAAACCAAACAAGACCUGGCAACAGGUGUUCUGGUUUGCCAUCAGCAUUGCCAUCAAUAACGCCUACAUCCUGUACAAGAUGUCAGAGGCCUACCACGUGAAGAGGUACAGCCGGGCCCAGUUCGGGGAGAGACUCGUGCGAGAGCUGCUGGGCCUGGAGGACACCUCUCCGAGCCUCUGAUGACGCGGGCGCGGCCCAGGCUAGGUAAGGACCAGGUCCAGGGAGGGGAGGGGGAGCCUGACGUCCGACCCGCCGGCCUGAGACCCGGAGGCGCCCUGCGUGGGGCUGCGGCCCGGGAGGGGUGCUCGGGGCCUCUGGAGGGACCAGGACGGACCUGGUCAGAGGAUGGCACCCUCCCGCUUUCCACGCAAAGAAGAGCACGGCCUCCCUCCGGAGAGCGGCCGCCGCGUCGGAGCGAGCACCCGGCAGGUGUGGCCCCGAGCCAGGCCCUCCGUGCCGCCAGCGCGGGGCAUGGAGGGCACCCUCACGACCCCCCGGAGGCCGCAGGAGAGCCCGCUCAGCACAGGGGCCCUGGGAGGGCUGCUGCCACCCGGGGCGCCAGGGAUGGGAUGAGAUGAGCCGGAGCGCGUUCCACUUGGUGAAGAUGGAGAGACACCCGUGACGUGGUGCGCGUCUCGCCGCGCCUGCAGGUGACGGGAAGCGAGCCGGGUGGGCUCUGCGCAUCCGGGACUGCUCAGGUGUGUGCGGGAGCCCGGAGGGUUUUCCAGCGUUUGCCCUGCGCAGGCAGCUUAGAACGGGGCUCGUAGAAGAAGAA